AAAUAUCUAGGGGAGAGAAUGCGCUGUUACAGGGAAAAAAAACGCACAGGGGAGCGUUAGGAAGUGAAGGCAAUGAGAGAGAUCAGGGAUAUAAAUUAGAGGCGAUAGUGGAAUAUGUAAUUAAGUUAAGGGUGGUAACUAACUCCAAUUGGGAGUUCAGGAUAAAGAAACAGUACUGAAUAUCAAAUAAAGGAGAGAACUGUGAUGAUAUCAGGGAGGUGACUUGGAAGAAGACUUGGAUAAUGUGCUGGAGACUAGGGUAAUGAGAGAGAGAAGGGGGCGAUGUUAGUUGAGGUAACAGGAUAGUAAAGCAGGAAUACCAACACAAGUGAUAUAGCAGAGUGAGGCUGUCAGGUAUUUUAUUAGUUGUGAGCUGAGAUGCAGCUGAUAAAUGACAAAGCAACUAAGCAUUGAGACUCCAUGGUGGGAAACCACAAGUCUCAGGACCUGCAAGCAGGUCUGCACAGUGUCUUUGGGCAUCCUUUAUCAUAAUGCUGGAACUCCAAACACUGGAGCAGUGUCAUCUGCACCCUCUUGAGUCUUCAGUAAGCAGUGCAUAUGGACACCUGUAUCCUGUACUGCACAUGCAUCUCAUAAGUGAGCCAGUAUCAAGCCUGGGGCAGGAAUCUGUGCUGUCUGGUAAGAAGGAAAAAGAACAGAUGCCGACCAGGGUUGGUGAAGUAACGCAGGUUAACUGGACAACAGAGGUUAAGGCUGAGAAGAGAGAGACACUGAAAGAAAAUGUUGCAAUCAAACCUGAAAUGUUGGGUACCAUAGAGAGGGAGACCUCCAUGGAGAUUUCACAGUCUGCUCAAAGUUUGCUACACAAGGAAACGGGGGAUUCUUCAGACCUGCAGAUAAAAGCAGAGUUCCUAGAUAUCGGCAUCCGUCAUGAGCAUUGUAGCAAUAUACAUAUAAAAGAGAUUCCAGCAACAUCUGAGUCUGUGUCAAAGUUUACUGAAGAUAUGGAUGUGGUAGACAAGAGCACCGAGGAAGUGCUUUAUUCAGGACAGGAUAAGAGUUUGAGUGUUCUCCAACCUGAUGCUAACAGGAGUGAAACGUCUGAUUUGGAAAAAACAAGAUCUGUUAAGAUGGCAUUAGAAAUGUGCAGCAAAUACAUUGCAGACCCCCAGACAUCAGGUUGUCUAUCCUCUGGGAAAUCAAUUGACCAAGAAUGCAAUCUAUCAACAUCUUGCUUUGAGCAGCCAUGCCAAUCUCCCAACCAAAGACAGGGAGGAGAUGCCUCUAAUCACAGAUUGUGCCUUGUAGAUACAUUCAGCUCUACUAGGGUACCAACAGCCUGUAAAGAAAAUAUAACUGAAGACUCCAGUAUAUCAUUCAGCCACUCCUGCUCUGGUAGUGCUUUAGAAGCAAGCAGUGCAGAUAUACUGCAUGAGGAAAGUCUGCAAGGUACCCUGCUAAAGAAAGGAUGCUGUAACAGUACUGAGAGCCAACUAGUGGGCAAUCCAUCCUGUGAAAAGGACCAAAGUCAAUGUGAAAGCCCAGUGGCCCACACAUGCUUACAGUGUUCUGCUGAGAAUGCUGCUGUUCCAAACGUAACUGGUAUCUGCUUAGAGCACAAUCCCUUGCAUAAAAUUUCCUCCACAUUAUUUUCUUCCACCCAGUCAUCUGAAACAUUUAACAGUAAAUAUGUUUGUCUUGCAGAGAAAGAACAUGAGACAUGCAGCACUUUACAGGCAGUGGCACACACAGAGAACCCCAGACUCCCACUUGAUCUUUUGAAAAGUGCCAAAACAUUAGACACUAACACAUGUUCUAGUUCAAAAUCUGUUCAUUGUAACCAGCACUGCAGAGAGUCUGCUGAUUGUGAUGAACAGCUGCCCCCUGUCAGUAAUCUAUUUAGCAGUUUAGCACAAAAGACAGAUCUUGACCAUACUGUGGCAGCUACAGUCACUUGCAGGGUGGACAUUUCAUGCGUAGAAACCACUAGUUAUAAGAGACUGGUAAACCUUGAUAUGGCAUCCACUGUGGUGGAUGUAGUUUCUGAUGCAUUGUGUUGGAGAGAGGAAGAAGUCAAAGCAACUGUAGAACAGUUAUGUCAAACAAAUCAUGCAAAUCAUGCUCAAGGGAUUGAAAAUGAUGAUAGCAGCUUGGUCUUUCCCAUUUCAGACAAAAGCACAAUUCAUCAGCAUGUACAUAUAAGCACAGAGCAACCCCACAGCCCACAUCAGGAAAAUAAGAGUUCCUCUGUUGUAAAUAGGACUGUUAUAGAUUGUCAAAUACAGUCAGAUGGGCCCUGUGAAACUGCACUCAGUGAUGCAAGCCUAUUAUUUCCUUUGAGUAAAGGGAAUGCAUAUUCUCUAAAUGGCCAGGAAACCAACCCCAUUGCAGUUGAAAGAAUUAAUUUAGAUAUUGGGGCAGACAACCAAAUAAGAUGUGCCAGUGAGCUAACAAGGCAGCAGGACCUGAGCAUUCUGCACUUCUCCAGUACAAAUAGUCUGCCAGAAGCACUUAAAGAAAACUUGAAAUCAUGCUCGUCUGAAGAAGUUUGCCAAAGAGCAGGCUUCAGCAGAGAAUCACUAGAUAGUAAGACACUCACUGCUAUGUCCAUCCACGAUGAAAAUGCAGAACCACAGUAUGCACUUGUACCUUACAGAGGCAUCUUGGCAUUUUUAGAAAAAGAUAAAAUGCCUAAUGGACAAUCUUUAGAGGAGCAGCUAUCUGUGUUCUCAAGCCCAAUUAAAAAGUCACAUAAAAGAGACCUCCAAUGUGAAAGAGAGGAAAGUAUGAUCUUAGAGCCUCAAUCAGUUACAUUAGACUGCAAAGCUGUUCAGCAAAUACUUGACAAAAAAAUGUAUGAAGGAAAAAGCUGUGACAAUUUGCAGAAUGAUGAAAUGAAUGUCCACAUUGAUUCCACAGUGCCUUUGAAAUUAGUGGAUGCAGAUGUUUUGUCAGUGCAGCCAUCUGGAUGUUGUGCUUCUAAGGAGCUUAGCAAGUUGAUUGGCUCCCACACUGAAUCCCAAGCUCAGUCCCCCAUGAGUAAUAUAUUGAUAGGCCCUGUUUCUGUCUUCUCCUCUUGCACUGAACUUGUUCAAGUAAUAAGAGCAGAUGAAACUGAGGCUGAUUUGGUUACAGACAGAUCAAAGCUUACAAGUCCUAAGCACACACCUGUAAAUAUGAGAAACCCAAUAUCAAGAGAACUUGAAGGUGUUGCAAGUGACCUUGGAAAUCCUAAAAUAAAACAGUACAGUCAGGUGCCUUCUGACACAUUCCUGGCUGAAGCAAAACUCCCAAUGUGCUCCAGUAAUUGUAAACUGCUUUCUAAAGACUUCACUGGGCAGGAUCACAAGUUAUUAUCACACAAUGAGACCUCUCAAGCUUUGAUAAUCCAUUCGUUGAUAGACACACAGGGCAUUAAUGAAAGAAAAUGUCAAAGUAAAAAUGCAAUUGGAAGUUCACAGUCAUGGGUGCCCAGUAAUUCCCAUUUCGUUGUAUCUGAUGAGUUACAUGAUCCACUAGAAAAAGAUGUUUCACCUAACUUAGGGCCUUGUGGCACCAAUGAAAAGUCUACUCUAUCAUCAGAACAGUCAGAAGGCACAGAAGCCUCCCGGUCUCCUUAUAAAAAUUCUCUGGAUUCAGGGAGAAAUAUUUUUGGCGUUCUCUGUGAAACAUAUUUUACCUCACAUCCAAAAGAGAAACCUGUCUUAGAUCAGAUUAAGGCAGAGCCAGUUGUAGAGUUGGAGCAGACAAAGCGCAAAAGGGUUUGUAACGAGGAACCCUCAGAAGUGAAAAGGUCUUUUCUUUGUAUACAUAAGCCUCUAACUAAGGUAUCAGAAGAGGGCCUUAAUCUGCUUAUAACACAGAGUAAAGACGCUGAGGCAAUAACAGCUUCAGAAAUUAAUGAAGCCUUAAAUGACAUUCCUGAACAGAAACUUGAACACCCCAGUCUUACAACCAGUUCUUCAUCACAAACUGCAAAAAGGGCAAAGAUUAUGGGUAGUAAGGGUAACCAAUCAUCUCUGCACACUAGACUUCAACCUAAUGUAGAUUCCUUAAACUGUUUAAGAGUUUUUCCUGAAAAUAGUAUGAAACUCCGUCCACGCCCUUUAAGGUUAACCAGUGAAACAGAUAAGCUUUUGCCAGCUAUCUCUCGUAGAAAUUCUAACUCUGUAAAAAAUAUCUGCAUGAAAAAACAACCUAGCAGAAAAUGUAAGGUUUCUCCAGUGCAGGAUCACAUCUUGGUAGAUAUUCAACCAAGCACAAACAAUUCCUCUAUUUUAAGUAUGUCUAGUAAGGUUUCUCCAGUGCAGGAUCAGAUCUUGGUGGAUAUUCAACCAAGCACAAACAAGUCCUCUAUUUUAAGUAUGUCUAGUAAGGUUUCUCCAGUGCAGGAUCAGAUCUUGGUGGAUAUUCAACCAAGCACAAACAAGUCCUCUCUUUUACGUAUGUCUAGUAAGGUUUCUCCAGUGCAGGAUCAGAUCUUGGUGGAUAUUCAACCAAGCAUACACAAGUCCUCUAUUUUACGUAUGUCUAGUAAGGUUUCUCCAGUGCAGGAUCACAUCUUGUUGGAUAUUCAACCAAGCACACACAAGUCCUCUAUUUUAAGUAUGUCUAGUGAGCAUGUUUAUAAAAAUAAGUCCAUAUUUCUUUCAAAAAUGGAUGUGUCAAAACCAAUUUCAAAAGUUACUGCAAGAUCAUGUCUCAAACUGACCAGAAGAAGAUUUGCCACCCCUUUUACAAAGCAUAGACUUUUAAAUAAGUGCUCCAAAUUAGAUGCCUCCUUAGAGCAUUUGUCUUCUAUUGCUUCCAGACUGUUAACACCAUGUAAAAACUCUUCCCAGUUAAAGUCACUCUCUGCUGUAUCAGAACUUCACCCCUCCAAUCAGGGACUAUUUAAAGUUAAAAAGCUGUUGGAAGUGUUUUCAUGUGUCAAUAUGAAGCUCUGUUCUCAGUCAAGGGCAGCGUGGUCUAAAGACCCCUUACCUGCCACUGGUGUAGUGCUUCCAGUUUCCCAGCGCAUGGACCAUUCCCCUAUGUCUCCCUCCAAAACAACCUUCCUUAAUUUGUGUAACAAGUUUCCUCUGCCUCUUGGUGAUGCUGGCACAUUUCCAUUUGCACUACACAUGAAUGUAGAUCACAGUUAUUUCAAAGACCUUAUAAGGUUAAGUCCUCCAGUUUGUGUGUCCAAAGGGCUUACAUCCAUCGCCCAGAUAGCCGAACCUUUUAAAUGGAGACUAUCUCUUUUUGUUUCUUCACACUUACCUUGUGCAUCUGAGAGUGUUCAACUUAAACAGCAGAAUGUGCAAUUCAGAAACCUAGAAGCCUCCAGGAUGGAUUCUAAUCACAGAACUUCUUUGAGACGGUUUUCUGGGUGCUCCAAACAUGGCCUUCACACCGUUCUAGCACUCUCUUCUCCUGGCUGUUAUAGGUUUUGGACCAGGAAAAGAAAUCUGGGAAGCAGAGUUCCAACUGUGCAGAGACUAUCCAUGGUUCAUUUUGCACAUGGUGUGAAUAGGUUACCAACUCCUAAUAUAAGGGCACAAGAUCCCUUCUCUCUGCCAUAUUUGCUGGGUCGUGUACUAUCAACCUGGAGUCAGCAUGGCCCAUCAGCUUUCUCAUCUGACUGCAUAACUUCUCAUGACAGCUAUUGUCUGUGGCAACCAUGCCUGGGUAACAUCAGCAGCAGUUCAGGCCCCUUGCCCAGCAUGACUCCCCUGUUAAUGAACACUCAAUUAUCAAGGCUGGAUAUACAGAGACUGCCAGAGAACUCCCCCACACUUUCUUUGAUACCAAAGAUCUGCCGGCAUCAUGAAGAUCCAGUGCCUCCAUAUGAUGUGUCAUCUAGCAAGGCUCAGGUUUGUCCAUUUGAGCAGCAAGAGGCUUUAGCUGUCUCGCAUGUCAGAGUUCAGCUCAGCAACAAGGAGAAUGAGAAAGAAAUCCUAGAAAAGAAGCCCCAACGAGUCUCUCAAAUCCGAAUACGGAAAACUGUGCCCAAACCAGAUCCCAACCUCACUCCAAUGGGUCUUCCUAAAGCCAAAAGAUUAAAGAAGAAAGAAUUCAGUUUAGAAGAUAUUUACACCAAUAAGAACUACCAGUCCCCUCCUGCAGCUCGGAGCCUGGAAACUAUCUUUGAGGAGCCAAAGGAGAAGAACGGCAUUCUGAUCUCUGUCAGCCAACAGAAGAGGAAGCGUAUACUGGAGUUUAGGGAUUUUACCGUCCCAAGGCUUAAGCGAACAAAAGGCAAACUGAAAGUUUUCUCUGCCUGCAAGCGGGGGAGGAAGGCUGCCGCCAUAGAAGAGGUUCAGCUUGAUGCGCUUCUCAUAGAGAAAUUAAUGGAGCUAGAGAAUUUCUUCCUUCAAGAGGAAGCGGUGGAGAGAUCUCCAGGGACCACAGUUAUAUUAAGUUGAUGUGAUGCAGAAAAUCAGACCCCCCUUGUAAUAAAGGACACCAGUAAAAUAAUUGGAAGGAUGAGAGUAUCUGCCACCUUAUUUCCCUGUCAUUAGCUUGGUGGCUUUAUGUGAGAACUUUCCUGGCUGGUAGUUAAAACCAAGGAAUGUCACUAGUUUGUUGGAACUGUAAGGUGAUAUGGAUCCUGGUCAUUCAAAAGACACAGAUUUCACUGCAUCACCCUCUUGUGCAGUGUUGAUAGUGGAGGAUGCGACUGGAAUAAUAUGCUCUAAAUCUGCAGUCACACAGUUUUGUUUUCAAGUCUCUUCCUUUUAAACAAAUGUCUUAACCCAAGAGUGGCAAGCCUGCACUAUUAGAGUAGCAUUUAAUGCACUUGUUUUGUUUGUUUUUUGUCCAUGUUUUUAUUUAAACAAGAAAACUAGUUGGCUCUCUGCCUUGCCAGAUCUAGGGAAGCACAUUGUAUUUUAUUGUAAUCAGUUUAAUCAGGUGUUUAAGUGUGAAUGGAGCUACAGUUAAACCAAUAGUUGAAGAAUAAAGAUUGGUGGCAGCAGAACUAGCCCUGAACUGGCACAGCAGCUUUGGCUGCACAUAUCCAGACUUUAGUCCUCCAUCCUAAAAGCACACUUAAUUCACAAUUAUGUCAGUAACUGUUUGUGAGAUAAAUAGAGCAGAUUUUCUCUCUGUACUUUUAAUAUUGAUCUUCUUUUAAUGGGAGCAAAGCAAGAGCUUUUCUGGGGCAGGUAAAUCUUCUUUUGUUUAUGUACACACUUUUUUUUUUUUUUUUCUUUUGCUGUGUGGAAAAAAAAAAAAAACUAGAUGUGUGCUGAUGUGUUGGGUGUUUACCUAAAUUACAUUUCUACCCUUGCCCCAGUGUUUGGACAUAAUAUAUCCAAAACUUGUUUGAUGUGGGGACCUCAUUGUGUCUGUGUGUGUGUCAGAUGCUGGAUGUUAGAUAAUGACAUUUGUUUUUUUUUGUUGUUUGUUUUUCAUUUAAGUGUCAAAAUAUAAAUCUACCCCAUAUACCUGCUUUUUGUAGCAUACAUCUGCAUGGGCACGGGAGAAACCAUUAAAAGUGGCACUGUUUGUUACCAUAACCGGAGUAAUGACAUGUGGGAGCACUGCAUUCAUGUCACUCAUAAAAACAUAAUAUUGUCACCUAGCUCUGGUAGCUGAUUAACAAAUUAGCUGCUUAUUAUUAUUUGAUAUGUGCAUAAGUGUCUAGUCCUCUCUGAUUGCUUCAUUUGUGGCAACACACCUUUCUAUAUGAGAUGUAUAUAGCUAUAGGCUGCAUCUAUAGAACUUCUUUCUUUUUUUUUUCUCACAAAUAAUUUUGUGGACCCUUUUCUUUCAAUGAAUAACACACAUUGUGUCCCCUUUUAAAUAAGGCUAUUUUACAUGUGAAGUCCUUUCUAUCCAAACCUUCCCAUGCUUUUCUCUGUGGUGCCUCUCAACAGAUGUUUUCUGUCCUACGUAUUAGUGGCUGUUCUGGAAAUAAAUGGAUAAGGGCCAGCUCUGAUACUGCAUGUAUGGUAGUGAUAAGAGCAGUUUGUUUUCCGGGCUAUGAGCUUUCUGUGAAUUUUGAGACCAUUGUUUUUAAUUUAUAAAACUAAUAAAUGCCAACCGCAUUUGUCUAAAUAAAGACACAAUUUA